AUGGCCAUCUCUUCCCUCCUCCUUCGAUCCUCACCAUCUUUCCUCCCUGCCAAACUCACCGACCACCGUAACAAUUUCUCCGGCCACUUCAGCACAAUCUCCUGCAGCAUCAAAACAAACCCAGAUCGUAAGAAUACCGUUACCCAUCUCUUCAAAGGCUAUAAAGAAUCCUGGAGAGAAGAGCUUAAAAGAGCAUACCAAUCUGAUCAUGAAGUGGAUGAUGGGGCGUUUCAGGAAAUGGUGGACCGGAGAUGUGUGGACAACGUUCGAAUGUUGAUCGUAGAUGCGGUGCAGCAGGCCAAGGCAGGACACCCAGGGAUGGCAUUGGGAAUGGCUGAAGUGGGGUAUCAUCUGUACCGGCAUGCUAUGAGGUAUAACUCAGGAAACCCUAAUUGGUUUAACAGAGACAGGUUCGUUUUGAGCGCAGGACACGGGUGUCUGCUUCAGUAUGUUUGUCUUCAUCUUGCUGGUUUCUCAUCGAUUCAGAUUGAAGACUUGCAACGGUUGUGCAAACUAGGGAGUCGAACCCCUGGCCACCCCGAGAAUGUGGUGACAGAGGGUAUUGAAGUCACAACCGGACCAUUGGGACAAGGUGUUGCCAAUGCAGUAGGUCUUGCUCUUGCAGAAGCUCACCUAGCUGCACGAUUCAAUAAACCCGAUGCUGUCAUUGUGGAUCACUAUACAUAUUGCAUCAUGGGUGAUGGGUGUUCCAUGGAAGGAAUAUCAAAUGAAGCUGCUUCUUUGGCAGCUCAUUGGAAGCUCAACAAACUCAUAUUGAUAUAUGAUGACAACCACAACACAAUCGAUGGAGAUACAAGUCUUGCAAUUUCUGAAGAUAUUUCCUCUCGAUUCAAGGCUCUUGGUUGGAACACUAUCUCAGUGGAUGACAUUCACAACAAUGUGGGAUCCUUUAAGAAUGCACUUCUCUCUGCUUCAACUGAAACUGAUAGACCAACUUUCAUCAAGGUGAAGACUUUGAUUGGGAAAUUAUCUAAAAAGGAAGGGACAUCAAAAGCUCAUCAUGGUACAUUUGAUGAUGAUGAUGUGAAAGAAAUGAGAAAGAAAGUUAACUGGGAAGAUCGAGAACCAUUCCAUGUUGUUCCAAUGGUUUAUAAGGAAAUGCAGAUCACAAGACAAUAUGGAGAGAAGUUAGAGAAGGAUUGGUACUCUGCUUUAGAUUUCUAUCAAACCAAAUAUCCUCAAGAAGCGGCAGAAUUCAAAACCCUCCUUAAUGGUGGCCUGCUUCCAGGCUGGGAAAAUGCAUUACCGGAGUGGUCUCAAUCUGAUCCUGUGGAUGCCACUAGGGGUUACUCAGAGAAGUGUCUAAACCAGCUAGCUAAAGUUCUUCCAGGAUUGAUUGGAGGUAGUGCAGAUCUUGCAAGCUCAAACAAAGCUUAUCUUCAUGACUAUGAAGAUUUCAUGAAGCCUAAUUCUCCAUGGGGACGCAACAUCCGCUAUGGAGUUCGUGAACAUGCAAUGGCUGGUAUUUCAAAUGGUAUUGCUCUUCAUAAGAGUGGAUUAAUCCCCUUCGCUGCUACCUUCCUUAUCUUCUCCGAUUACAUGAAAAAUUCGAUCAGAUUGUCUGCUCUAAGCCGCGCCGGAGUCAUUUACAUCAUGACUCAUGACUCAAUUGGUUUAGGGGAAGAUGGGCCAACCCAUCAGCCUGUGGAACAACUUGCAGGUCUUCGUGCUAUUCCCCGGCUACUACUCUUCCGACCAGCUGACGGGAAUGAGACAGCAGGUGCCUAUAAAAUGGCUGUUUCUAACAGAGAUACGCCAAGUCUUAUCGCCUUAUCAAGGCAAAAAUUGGCGGCGAACUUGGAAGGAACGUCGGCGAAUGCAGUUGAGAAAGGUGGAUAUAUAGUAAGUGACAAUUCUGAGGAAAAUUUGCCUGAAAUCAUACUAAUUGGUACAGGUUCUGAAUUGUGUCUUUGUGAGGGAAGUGCAGAGAGGUUAAGGAAAGAAGGGAGAAGAGUGAGAGUUGUCUCAUUAGUAUGUUGGAGACUUUUUGAUCGUCAGCCAAGGGAGUAUAAAGAGUCAGUCUUGCCUUCAAGGGUAACUAAGCGUGUAAGUGUAGAGGCAGGGUCACCCCAAGGGUGGAGGCAAUAUGUGGGAGCAGAAGGUGUAGUGAUUGGGAUAGAGGAUUUUGGGGCUAGUGGUGCUUAUUUGGAUACAUUUAAGAAGUUUGGGUUUACUGAAGAGAAUAUAACAAGGAUGGCACAGUCACUGUUGUAUAAUUAAGCUUAGGGAUGGAAUUUUCUGGCCAGAAAAUAAAAA